AUGGCGCGCAUCCGUCCAGGAAGGCGGAAGAAAGCAGACGCCGUUGCUGCGGUGGCACGGAGCAUUGACUUCGGGCACUUUUGGAGGCAAUUACGAGCAGUGGGGUGGACGUAUAAACGGCCGACGGGGAUCGAGACGAAGGGGAGGUAUGUAAGCGCAGAUGGAUCAGAGGUGUUGGUUGGGGAGGAGGCUGUGGUGGCGUACGCGUUGGAUACUGGUUUGUUGGACGAGCAGGCACAAGUAAGCGAGGGGAGCGACGACGAAGAACGUGUCGCUGACACGGAGCCUGACGGUGAUGAAGAUCUCUCCGCUACUGCCACCACCAAGAAGAAGCCUGCCGUGUCUACUAAGAAGACCGCCGCUGCCACUAAA